AUUUUGAACCCUGGACAUUUAAAUUUUCUCUUGGAUUUUCUCCCUUGGUUGUUUCCUUCGUGGCUCUCUGCCAUUUUGUCCUCUCAUUCAUAGUUGCUCUAGUGAUACGCUGUUUCCCCACACCCCCCCAAGUCCUCCUCGUCUCUUUUGCAAAUCAUACUGGUUCUCUGAGAGGCUUCAUCCUGGCCGGCACUAUUCCAGCCAAGGGGGAAGAGGACUUCCUGACGCUGGCCGCUUCACGGCUCAGCCGCAGGAAACGCGUCAUUGGAGCUGCUGUAGGUGUAGCAAUGGUUCUAAUACUCUUGGUUGCCAUUCCCUUGCUGGUCCACACAACCAAAGGAGGGAAUGCUGGAAAUGCAGGGAGCCAUUAUGAAAUGCUUGGAAGCUGCAGGAUGGUAUGUGAUCCCUACACCACGUCUCAGCCAGGCCAAGAGCUGACAGCUGCGUCUCCACCCCCCCAGGAUUACUCUGGAAAGAAGAUAAAGUCUGGGCUUCGAGGGCCUCCAGGGAUCCCUGGGCCUCCAGGAGAACGUGGACCCCCUGGAGAGCCAGGAAAACCAGGGCCACAGGGUCCCCAAGGUCCAGGCCCUGGUGGCUAUUCUCCCUCACUCUACACUCCCAAAAUUGCCUUUUACGCAGGGCUACGAAAGCAACACGAAGGCAAUGAAAUACUGAAGUUUGAUGAUGUGGUGACAAAUGUUGGUAACUACUAUGAGCCGAGCACCGGCAAAUUCACCUGCCCACUGCCUGGCAUCUAUUUCUUCACCUACCAUGUUCUAAUGAGAGGUGGUGACGGGACGAGCAUGUGGGCAGACCUGAAGAAGAACGGACUGGUAAGAGCAAGCGCCAUUGCUCAGGAUGCUGAUCAGAAUUACGACUAUGCCUCCAACAGUGUGAUCCUGCAUUUGGACGUAGGUGAUGAGGUGUGUGUGCAGCUGGACGGAGGGAAGGUCCACGGAGGAAACACAAAUAAGUACAGCACCUUCUCCGGCUUCCUCAUCUACCCAGACUGAAUUUAAUCCCCGCAGAGUGCGAACAAUAAAAAUAAAUAAAACAAAACACCAACAUAUAUAUAGACACACUGACACUUACACAGACAUAUACAUAUGCAAAUUGAUGCACAAACACAGAAAUGCAGUGCACACACAAAAAUAUGCACAUAGAUGAAUACAAGCAAGCACACACACACUCAUACAUAUCUGCAUAAAGACAUUUUGAAAUUGCAGCGUACAACAAAGGAAUAAAUGAAAAUCAGAGAAAAAUGGAAUAAGGUCAAUCUGUGCCAAUAGUCCUUUAUUGGUGCCCUUUGAAUACAAAUAUGAAUUUCAGAAUAUGUACAAUAUAGGUGCAAAUUCAAAUUCUACAUUGUGGCUCUAAAACAUCUAAAGAAUUGUAAUGUAUUAUAUAUUAAAUGACAUUGUGCAAACUAGAAUAAAUGAAAGAGCUUAAGUCUGGCUGUCGUGCUGCAAUGAUGGUGUUAAGGGUGCCAUUAAUUAACAAAGCUGAGACAAACGUGUCGCAAUCUUUACCUGCACAGUAUUUAUUUACACAUUUCUGCUCCGCUUUCCAACAAUCUGUUUGAAUGGCCUGCAUACAUUUUGCAACUCAUCAUUGUAAAAUACUUUCCUCUAAGCUUCAAAGUGAAUUACACCAAUUGAAAUGAAUUAAAUCCCUGUUGUGAUUCAGCGAGCAUUGGGACGAUACUGAUUAAAGCGAGGCCAUUUGAAUAAACAGAUGUUUGACUCCUCUCUUCUCUUUUGACUAUGGCGCCGAAUGUCACUUGGCAGGACAAAACAAAGCAUCUGAACAUUGCAAGGAAACAUAUCACAAUGCAUUUCAUCGAUGGCACUUUUGUGUACUGAAAUUUUAAUUGCCAAGUGCAUUAUAUUGUGUGUGUUUGAGAGCACGUGCGUGUAUGUGAGUACGUGGGCAUGUUAAUAUGUGUGAGUGGAUAUAUAAAUCAUGUAAGAUACUGGGGAGGUGAAACAUUGACAAGUCCAGUGUUUUAUUUUCAUUAAAUGUUGUGCAUUUCACACCUUACUAGAAUUACACUGCCAUGUCUGAGAUACCUUGUCAAAGAAUCACCAUAUGUAAAAGAGUCAUUUUGGGAUGGGCUAUGAAGUAUAUUGAAACGUUUGAGUUGACAGUUGCUAUUAAAAAUAUCUAUACCUACACUUUCUGUGUUCUUGCAUGUUGUUUUGGCAUGGUGAAGGUCAGUGCUAAAUAUAGGCACCUACACUCAUAAACACGCACACGACCUUUUUAUUUUUAUUUGAAUUGACCAGCUGGACUGACUUGAAUUGAGUAGAUGACAUGACUCCGUGGACCUAUAGUCAAAAUCGAAACGGCAGCCUGCUUCAGUGUGGAUUUCCAAUAUAUGUUAAGACACUAAGACACAAACAAAUAUUUGACAAUAUUGACCUCAGCUUAUAAAAGGCUCCACUACGUGCAGGUAAUGUAUACAUUUAAAUGUAGAAUCAGCUGUGCAAACAAUCCAAACUGGUCUUGACAAUUAUCUAUUAUGCUUUUGACACAAAGCUCACCAUUAACGAAAAUAUACAACUGUUUUCUUUGCAAAUAUUGGCUGAAAUCUGAAUUUACUUCUUGCAGCUCAGUGAUUUUAUGGAUGUCAUACUCGGCUCUUUCGUUCUCUCUUUCCCUUCCUCCCUCCAAAUCUCACUCUCUCACACAGACACUCUGUUCCUCACCUAACCCAAACCUUAACCUUUAAGUGUAAAACUUAAUUAUUCACAUUUUGGACACUAGAUUUUUGUCCCUGUAAGGAAGAUAAUAAUUUUAUUAUGCAAACAAUAUUUGAGUCCAUGCAAAAUAAGCAAUGCCAGUCCCACACACUUAUACCCUUUGGUCUCUUUAUGUGAGACUAUCAUGAAAUAUCAGGACACAUUAUUUAUAAUUAAGGUACAAUGCUAUUGUAAACAUGUUUACCAAGUUCCCUCACUCAUUCACCUCAAAUAUUUGAUAAAUCAAACUCACGGUUAUUUUCAUUACUGUUUAUAUUCUCAACCCAAGAAAAAAAACAUUGAAACCCAUCGAAAUUUCCUAAAGACGCAUCAUUUCAUGUCUUAUUUUUGUCCAGCAGCAAUGCACGCUCAAAUUUGAAAAGCUGGAACUAGUGCAUUUUUGCCUCAGAAAUUACUCGAGUGAUUAGUUUUGGAAUUUUCUGUCUAUUGAUUGAAAGACUGAAAAUCUCAGCCCUGGUGUUUUUUCUUACCUACAAGCACCAAAAUCAUAUUAAAAAGAAUAUGCGAUCUCUUUUUAAUCACAUAAAGAAUUAAAGUAAUUGGGAUUCCAGGGCUUUUUUAAAAGUUAUCUAAGUGGAUCAGUAGCUUUUAAUUUCACCACAAAAAUCUGUGCAAACUACUAACCACCUUUAUGUUUAUUAAUAAUCAAUAAAGUCUGAUAUUACACAUGAAAUGAUCAAGAUUAAAAAAGGUGGGCAAUAUUUCAGAUGAUGCAUAAUUAUUGGUGCAUUGCACAAAAUGUUUUUAAAGUUCACAAGAAGGCCCAAAUGUGCUGUAAAAAUAAAGUUUGCACACAAAUUCCCAAAUCUUGCUUUCUGUGAAUAAUUUCCCCACAUUCAGGACCAGUAGCUUUUUAGAGUAGGCACUGCAUCACUUUUUAAACCAGUAAGAAGGAGACAUCAUCUCCAUGUUGAAGAGAACGCAUCUUGAAUUUUUCUUAGAUCACUGGCUGAAAGUGAAGUAUCUAAUUACAGUAGAGAGCUGAAGACAGUCUAGACGUAAAGGAUUUGGUGAAUCUGUUGCUCCUGAGCAGAAAAAGGAGGAUGUAGCCGCACCGCGCCUGGGCCCAGCCCCCGGCUCUCUCUCCUGGCAGAUUCCAGUUGAAAGUUAAUUGGACGGGGAGAGGUCUGAGACAGGCUGUGCUGAGGCCCAUUAGUGAUUCCCCUGUCGAAUGCAGAGCCACGAGGAUCACAGACUCACAAAUAGGAGGAUUAAAAUAAUCAAUAGCCUUGACUUCCAUCGACCACACACAUACACACACACCGAGUAAUUAGUGGACAACCUAUUCAGCACUGGACUAUGACACCCUCCUGAACCUUACCCCACACACACGAGCUCCACACUCCAAUAGCUGUAGUGCCUAAUGAGGGGAAAUAGUUGUGGCUGCUUGUGAGGAAAGUGAAGAAAAGGUCAGGAAGCCACCAAACAGCCCUCUACUGCUCAUG